GCAUGCCGGGUAGGGAGGCGGGGCUGCUGGGUGAUUGACGGCGCUCUCGUCCUGUAGGAAGCGGGACGUGGCUCGACCCUCAGCAAGCCCUUAGCGUUAAUCAACAAGGCACUCAGGGCGCAUCCCGUGGCCUCAGGUGUUUUGGACUUCACCUCCCAGAAUUCCCCACUGUCAGCCAAGUUGGCUGGGGCUGCGUCCAAUUCUGGCCACCGCAAUUGAAGGGAGAUGUUGACACGCUGGAAUGUGUCCAGAGAAGGAUGGUGGAGGAUAGUGAAGAUGUCUGGCUCUCUCUCAAGCCCAUUGAACCCUUGCCAUCUCAGUGCUGUGGCAGUGGCUGCAAACCAUGCAUCUAUGACAUAUAUCAGAAAGAACUGGAGAAAUGGGAAGAGGCCAAAGCCAAAAAUGACAGAAGCCUCCUGACUAGGAAGAAACAGCAAAGUACCAAUUCAGAACUAACUCCAGAAACAUUUACGCCUUUUAUCAUAUGCUCUGUGGAUCAGCUGACAGAGGACACCUACCAGUAUACUUUUGAAUUGCCUGAAAAUAGUAGGCUGGGUCUGAGUUUAGGACAACAUGUUGUGCUAAGAGGACUAGUAAAUGGCUUGGAGGUUCAGAGAGCCUACACUCCAAUUUCUCCUGUGAAUGCUGAAGGGUACUUUGAAGUUUUAAUAAAGUGCUAUGAGGCUGGGCUAAUGUCACAAUAUAUAAAAUCUUGGAAAAAAGGAGAUGUGGUUUUUUGGAGGGGGCCAUUUGGAGGAUUUCCUUAUGUAGCCAAUAAGUAUGGAGAACUUUUCCUACUCGCUUCUGGUACCGGAUUGACGCCAAUGCUUCCUAUCCUUAAGUACAUCACAGACAAUGAGGAUGACGAAACAUUUGUAACCCUAGUGGGCUGCUUCAGGACAUUUGAAAACAUUUACUUGAAGUCUCGCCUUCAAGAACAGUCACAGUUUUGGAACAUCAGGACAUUUUAUGUAUUAAGCCAGGAAAAUUCACUUGAAAAUCUGCCAUGGAGCUUUCGAGAGAAGACACACAUUGGUCGAAUAAAUGAAGACUUAAUUAAAAGUAUGAUGAAAACAUGUAGAAGACAACCUUUUGUACUGAUAUGUGGCUCAGUGACAUUUAGUGAAGAUAUGGAAAAAUAUUUGAAAGCUAUUGGUCUUGGAGAAGAAUCAUAUUUUAUAUUUUAAGGAACUUGAAGUAAAUGAUAUAUCUUUGCUACAAUAACUACAGACUAUAAAUUCCAUCGUUCUAUUCAUGUUUGUAUUACCAAUUUUCAGAGCAAUCCUAUAAAUUAGUAGAUAAUAAA